AAGAUAAACCAAGUUUUCAUUUGAAAAUCUGGUCUUUCCAAAAUGGAGGAGAGAACGUUGCUCACAUUGGUCUUUUCCUCACUUGUAAUAUUAACAGAAACUAUUGCUCAAAAGCAUGCUAUUGAAAUCUACAGCCUCCACGUGGACUGCAAGGUCACAUCACGAUUUGCUCACACCGUCAUCACCAGUAAAAUUGCCAACCGAGCUAGUGAGUCAAGAGAGGCGACCUUUGAAGUGGAGCUACCCAAGACAGCCUUCAUCACCAACUUCUCCAUGUCCAUCGAUGGUAAAAUAUACCCAGGAAUAAUAAAGGAGAAAGCUUCUGCUCAGAAGGAAUAUGACACUGCGAUCUCACGUGGGCAGAGCGCCGGCCUCGUCAAAAUCACAGGCAGAAAACUGGAGCAGUUUCACGUGUCCGUCAGCAUUGCAGCCACCAGCAAAGUCACGUUUGAGCUGAUGUAUGAGGAGCUGCUGAAGCGGCAGCUGGGCAAGUUCGAGCUGCUGAUCAAGGUCCGACCGAAGCAGCUUGUUAAGCACUUCCAGAUUGAUGUGCACAUCUUCGAGCCCCAAGGCAUACGCUUCUUGGAGACAGACAGCACGUUCAUGACAAACGAGUUAACGGAGGCGCUCACCAAAGUGCAGAAUGAAACCAAGACUCACAUUUUAUUUAAACCAACUGUAGAGCAACAGAAGAUAAAUCCCGAAGUCAAUGAAACCCUCCUCAAUGGUGACUUUGUUGUGCGCUAUGACGUUAAGAGAGUUGCCACUGCAGGUGAUAUACAGAUUGUCAAUGGGUAUUUUGUGCAUUACUUUGCACCCCAUGAAAUGCCAGCAUUUCCCAAAAAUGUAAUCUUCGUUAUAGAUCGAAGUGGCUCCAUGGCAGGCAGAAAAAUUGAACAGACGAGGGCUGCCCUGUUGAAGAUCUUGCAAGACCUCCACCCAGAAGAUCAUUUCAGUUUUAUCACCUUUAACAGCAAAGUGGUGGAGUGGAAGAGCUCUUUGCUGCAAGCCACUGCAGAGAAUGUGGCAAGUGCCACAGGAUUCAUGCGAACUCUAUCUGCUAGUGGAGGCACAGAUAUCAAUCGUGCCCUGCUGACUGCAGUCAGCCUGCUGGAUAAAGCCGAGAAGCUGCCAGAACGGAGCGUCUCCAUGAUUAUUUUGCUGACAGAUGGCCAGCCCACUUCUGGUGAAAAUAAUGUGGAAGUAAUUCAAGAAAACAUUCAGAAUGCAAUUAAUGGGAAAUAUGCUCUUUUCUGCCUUGGCUUCGGGUUUGACGUCAGUUAUAAGUUCCUGGAGAAAAUGGCCCUAAGCAACGGGGGAAUAGCACGUCGUAUAUACGAAAAUUCUGAUGCAGCCUUGCAGCUCCAGGGCUUCUACCAAGAAGUGGCUACCCCAACACUAAUGAAAAUUGAAAUGCAGUAUCCAGAAAAUGCUGUUGAGGGAUUAACCAAAAACAAUUUCAAGCUGUUUUUUGAAGGAUCUGAACUUAUAGUGUCUGGAAAAAUCAGCAAUGAGCUUGAUCUUUUGCCAGUGGAGAUCAAAGCUCAGUCGCAUGCUAGUGACUUGACUCUUAAAGAAGAAGCAAAUGUCAAAGAGAAGGAGCAAGUAUUUCAAAAUCAAAGUUACAUCUUUGGAAAUUUCAUAGAGAGACUGUGGGCUUACUUAACCAUACAACAGCUUCUGGAAAAAUCUAUUUCAGCGCAAGAAGAGGACCAGAAAGCCCUGGAGGCACAAGCCUUAGAGCUGUCUCUGCAGUACAGCUUUGUUACACCCCUCACUUCCAUGGUGGUCACCAAACCCACUGGCCAGCAGCAGAUGGAGCUGGUGAACAAACCCACUGAAGCUGAUAAUGAGAAGCCUAGCAGUUUUCCAGUGGGAGAUGCUUAUAGACUGAGCAGCAGAUCACCUCCUGGUCGAUGGCAUCUUGAGUCCAGUUCUGGCAGCAACAAGAAGCUGUCGUCAGUAGUUGCCAGGCUAAGAGAUAUAACGAGAGCGCAACCUCUUGCCAACGAAUAUCCACAGCUUCUCCUGCAAUUACCCAAACAAAAUGAAAUUAUCUGUUUAAAUACUGAUGGAAAAGCACGGCCCUCUGUCCACCUUCUGUCAGAUGUGGAGCAAGGACUCACUGUGAUGGGGAAACUUGGGGACAAAAGAAAUCACUUUGUGCAGUUUGAAAUUCUCUAUGUGAAUCCCCCUGUGCGAAUCCAUGUCUCCACGGAAGAGAUCCUCCUAAGCCACAAUAACGAGAGCACUCGGCUGCCAUGGACAGAAUCAGCCACCUCCUCUAUCCACGGGCUGAGAGUUUCAGUUGAAAAGGAAAGGAGCGUUACAGCAUCAUUGUCUGACACGGUCACAGUAAAAAUUUCCUUUGUAAAGUUUCCAGAUGAUUUCCUUGGGCUGUAUUUCUUGAACACAGACCGUUUUUCUGACAAAGUCAGUGGAGUUCUGGGACAAUUUUAUUCAAAAGCACAAUUUGAGAAUAAUUCCAAGAUCAAUCAGAGAGCUGACGAAAGACUCCUAAGUGUGUCUGGAUCUGAGCACAGAGUUACCAGCAGUGUAAGUGGGAGUUUCUGAGGCUGCCACAGAAGCCACGCAGAAGCAGACAACAGCCUUCAAGAUCAACUUUUGGCUGACAAUUCAGCCACAGCCGACAAGGCUCCUGCCACCUCUGGAGAUUGGCCUCAUGACUUAAACAUGAAAGCUCGGGCUGAGGCCGUGCCCACCAUCACCUUGUGCCUGAACUUUGCCAGCCAGGUAGGUCAAGAUCUGCUGUGUCUGGCUAUGGUUUUUUGUUCCAAAGGAGCCCUGAGUCUGGGACCAGCCCUGAUGGGCAGUCCCACAGCUCCUGCCUCGGGAUCCACAAUGGAUCACUGCUUUAUUUGAUUCAAUCUAAUUCCUUACCUUGCAAUAAAGAUUCAGAACCAAGUAAACUUAACCUUACCAGUUUCAAUUUUCUGGUCUUCUCUCUUUCCUUUUUUUCCUCCCUGCCUUCCUCAUUUUUCAGUAACUUAUCUUCUGUAAGAAACAACUGUUUUCUUUCAUUAUUUUUGUCUGAAUUUAGCAGGCAGAGAUAUCUAGCCACUGUGACAUAGGCAUCCCCUGCAAGAACUGACUUUUUUUCUUCUUCUAUAAAACUUCUAUCUUCAGUAAAGGAAUUUGUUCCUGGAGGAGGCCUGUGUCUUCCAUAAAUUUAAAAGUAUAUUUUUCCUCUUUUUUUCUCUUUUUCUGUUGCAUUUUUUUUCACCUCUACCUUUGCUCUUCCAAUUUAGCCCAUGACAUCUUCUGUCAUGUCUUUUUUUUUCCCCAUUACACUCCUCUUUCUUUGUGUGUGCAUUCUGGUUUCCCACACACUGACUUUCUCUCCUUGUUAUAGAACAGUAGGAAACAUUCUACUUUGCCCUGUGAGGCCACAAUUGCCUUGCUAUGGCUGAUUUGAUUAAAAGAAAACUUGAAGUAACUAAGCAAUCUGCUUAUUUUUUGCUUUGAAGUAGUAGCUUAUAAUUUCUUCCAGUUCAAAAUAAAUAUAUA